AUGAACAGCAACAAGCCACUCAGUCCCACUGGCUCCUUUCCAAUCGAAACAAAUCCCAAUCAUCAUGCUCUAGACGAGUCACAAGAUGCUGGUAACUCUCAAGAAGCAGUUGUAAACAACAACAACAGCAAAACCAAAAAGCCUCAAUCGACAUUGAUCCACAUUAUUUAUUUGUCGGCCGCUGCCAUUGUGGGUGCCACCUUGCGAGUCUACCUUGGACGAUUGCUGGGUGGUGACUGCGAAGACUUUAUGGAAGCACCGCAAGACUUUUUGACGCCGCUCUCCAAGCACAUUUGCGUCACAUCCAAUGGUCGGAGUCUUCAAACCGGAGGCGCCUUGUUUCGGGACUUGCCGGCCAACCUUUUGGGAAGUUUCGUCAUGGGGCUUGUUUCUAGCUCGUCUGGCAUACGAAUUCCGUGGCUGCCCAAUAAUCACAUUCUGCAACAAGAUGAUCUUUUUCAUUUAAUGAUAUCGACAGGAUUCUGUGGGAGUCUCACGACCUUUGCAAGUUGGAAUACACAAAUGGUAGUCAUGAUGGAUGGAACAAUGACGGAAUUGGGAUCACAGAUUGUGGUGGCACUUUUUGGAUACCUUGUUGGAUUCAUGCUGCCCAUUUCGGCCUUUUCCUAUGGAAAACAAGUGGCGGUAUUACUUCAUACUUGGAAAGAAGAUCGAACAAACGACUCUUCCAAUCAAAAUGAUCAUAAUCAUAAUGAUGGUACUGGUACUGGUGGUGGAGAAGAAGUUGCAUCCGAUGAGCAGCAUGCCAAACCAUCCAAAUGUUAUUGCGACAAUCAUCAUCCAUGGAAGUUCCUCUUUUUGGUGACAGGUCUGGUGGUCCUGGCACUAUUCGUGGUGGGAUUUGUGAGUUAUGACGUUGCAUUUUACCAAAGCAUGAUAUUGAUAAUACCCUUGGCGCCAUUGGGUGCCCUGACGCGAUGGAAAUUGUCUCGUUUCAACAAUUCCAACCAUCGCAAGAUUUGCAACAAAUCGUUUGAUUGGUUCCCAUUCGGUACCUGGACGGCCAAUGUUGUGGGUGCAGUUUGUUCGAUUGCUUGUACCGCAAUACUGGAUAGACGGAGAAAACUAGUACUAGAGGGAAAAGCAGCUUAUGAUAUGGAUCCAUGGUCAAAUGCGGUACUCUUUGCAGUGGCAACGGGUUUUGGGGGCAGCCUUUCCACAGUCUCCUCCAUGGUCAAGGAAAUUGUAUCACUGGCGGAAGCAAACCCAAGCGUUGUACGAGCCCAUGCAUAUGCAAUUCUCACCUUUGCCAGUGCCAUGCUCAUAUCAUUGAUCAUCUAUUCUAUUACUCUCCGAAUGGAGUAA